CAGUGCGCUGCCGGCAGCCGCGCGGAGAGGUCGACGGUGCUGUGUUGUCCGGCCGUCCCACGCUGGCGCUGCGCUCCGCGUCUUCCCCGUGGGGCACGUGCUUCCGCUCACGUGCCGCCGUCGCUUCGCGUACGAACCUGGGACGUCACCUGCCUGACCCUCUACGGAAUAAAACGCCGCCUGCCCCCCCAAAAACAACUUCACUUCCUUCUGCAGCCGUUCCCUCUCUCGCGCCGUGACACCAGUUAUUUCCGUCGAUGACUCCCCUCUCCUUUCUAACACCGCCGUAGUUUCUCUCUCGAAACUUGCUGCCGUCACAUUUGCGAUGUAAGUGUUUUUCGCUUACAAGUUCCGCGCUGCGGUACAUUGCGUAAUCUCGAUAUCGGCGGAAGUCGGCGACAACUGCGCAGUGGAGUACCAGGAACCACGCGCUAUAGCCGCAGUAGGGAACGUAAAACGCCUUUGGGACGCCUCCGGCGUAGGUGGCGCAGCAUCGAGUGGCGGGCGCGCCGAACAGAAACUUGGCAGCAAGGACGACCCCGCGGACCGAGCUAGGAGCUCAUUCCCACCAGGUUGCCGACUCGUUGGCACGCGCCGUAGCCUGCGUGGCUAGCGGUACCGCUUCGUCACGUUGCCGCCAGCAGAGACUAUCCCAACCGCAGCUGCGCGUUCUUAUCUUGCCGCCUGGUGACUCGGAAAACGGCGCCGCGUGCACCGCUAGCGUCUUCCGGGCCUGCUGCUAGUUAUGGAGUGCGAGUGCGGUGUUAGUGUUGUGGUGAUUGUUAAUCGUGCGACGAGUAGCGAGUGUGGAUUGCGAGAAGAGCCCCGCUUCAUUGCAACUCCGGGAGCGCCGAGACAAAGGAAGUGUGCUCUGCCCGGCCUUCACCUGGAAUAACAGCUCCCCACCGUUCCAAUCAGCUGACCGGACAGCCGCCACCAGCCAUGGUGAAGUCCAAGAAUACAGGAACCAAGGCCAAGGCGGUGCUGGUGGCGAAGCCCGGCGCCCACGGCCGGCCGAUUCGGAAGGCGGGCGUCGCAGCCGCCGCGGUGUCCGGCGUGCCCCAACGCUCCACCACCGGCUCCGUCUUCGCGGCUCGCAGCUGGAUCGAGGCCAGCUUCCAGAAGAGGGAGUGCAUCAAGUACAUCCCCAACCCCAAGGAGGAGAACCGAUGCUGCUGCGGCCAGACUCUGACCUAUCACUGCGGCAAGGGCAUCGACGUCGAGGCAGCGACGACAGGAUUGGUGGAAGAGCCGUGGAGUCCAGCCAAGCAUACUCAAGCCUCGCCUACCAAUGCCUAUGGAACUAUUGAGUUCCAAGGUGGUCCUCAUCCGAGCAAAGCACAGUACGUCCGCCUCGCUUACGACACAAGACCUGAGCUGAUAGUGCAAUUAUUCACUCGUGAAUGGAGUCUUGAGUUGCCAAAGCUGCUGAUCACGGUACAAGGUGGUAAGGCUAACUUUGAACUGCAGCCAAAGCUAAAGAAAGUUCUGAGAAAGGGACUUCUAAAAGCAGCGAAGACUACUGGUGCGUGGAUAUUCACUGGUGGUACAAAUACUGGUGUAACAAGACAGGUUGGUGAUGCACUGUUGUUGGAAAGGUCUCAACGUAGUGGUCGUGUCAUCAGCAUUGGCAUUGCCCCAUGGGGAAUUGUUGAAAAUAACCAUGAACUCAUUGGGCAUAACAGGGAUGUACCAUAUCACUCUAUUUCUUCACCCAGGUCAAAACUGGCUGUUCUCAAUAGCCGCCAUGCAUAUUUUCUUCUGGUUGAUAAUGGAAUAACUGGAAAAUAUGGUGCUGAAAUAAUACUCAGGAGAAAGCUUGAAAAAUAUAUAUCUAUUCAAAAGCUUCAUCCAGGUACACACUGUAGCACACCAGUGGUAUGUUUAGUAAUUGAAGGUGGAACAAACACAAUAAGAGCGGUUCUGGAAUAUGUCACAGACAAUCCGCCAGUACCUGUGGUUGUGUGUGAUGGCUCUGGCCGUGCAGCUGAUCUCCUAGCAUUUAUGCAUAAGUAUGCCUCUGAAAAUGGAGAAGCAUCAGUCCUGGAAAAUAUGAAAGAGUAUCUUAUUACAACAAUACAGAAAACAUUUGAAGUCAGCCUAGAGCAAGCAGAAUGCCUGUAUUCUGAACUUUUACAGUGCAGUAGAAAAAAGAAUUUGAUCACAGUUUUUCGGAUCACAGAUCGUCCAGAAGGCAAAUCCCAGGAACUUGAUCAAACAAUUCUUACUGCUCUUUUUAAGAGCCAACAUUUAUCUCCUUCAGAGCAAUUAAGUCUUGCUCUUACAUGGAAUCGUGUGGACAUUGCACGUUCAGAAAUAUUUGUUUAUGGCCAAGAGUGGCCUCCUGGUGCCCUUGAAGAAGCCAUGAUGCAAGCUUUGGAACAUGAUCGCAUAGAUUUCGUUAAACUUCUCCUCGAAAAUGGUGUUAGUAUGAGGAAGUUUCUUUCCAUACCUCGUCUUGAAGAGCUUUAUAAUACAAAACAAGGCCCUACAAAUACCUUGGGCUACAUAUUGCGUGAUGUUCGACCUCACAUUCCUCGAGGCUAUGUUUACACGUUACACGAUAUUGGAUUAGUUAUAAACAAAUUGAUGGGUGGAGCUUACAGGUCUUACUACACUAGAAGAAAAUUUCGCUUGAUAUAUGCAAAAGUUAUGAAGAAGUCACCACAUGUGCACAGAAACAGUGCUUCAUUCAUACGUUAUUAUGGAAACACAAAUCUGACUCUCAGCUUGCUUGCUGAGACACUGCCAGCUACAAAAGAAACAGCCCUCUUUGAUUACCCAUUUAAUGAACUGCUGACAUGGGCCGUGUUAACCAAGCGACAGCAGAUGGCUUUGCUCAUGUGGCAGCAUGGUGAAGAAGCAUUAGCCAAAGCUUUAGUAGCUUGUAAACUGUACAAAGCAAUGGCUCAUGAGGCUGCCGAAGAUGAUCUGGAAACUGAAAUAUAUGAAGAGCUCAGAAAUUAUGGCAAAGAAUUUGAAAAUAUUGCUUUGGAGCUACUGGACUAUUGUUAUCGCCAAGAUGAUGACCAGACGCAACAAUUGUUGACUUGUGAACUACAGAACUGGAGUGGGCAGACAUGUCUCAGCCUGGCAGUAGCAGCAAAUCAUCGAGCACUCCUAGCCCAUCCCUGUAGCCAAAUAAUCCUUGCUGACCUGUGGAUGGGUGGGUUACGUACAAGGAAAAAUACAAAUUUAAAGGUCAUACUUGGACUAAUAUGUCCAUUUUAUAUCGUCACACAACUUGAAUUCAAAUCCAAAGAAGAAUUGCUCCUCAUGCCUCAAACUGAGGAAGAGCAUAUGGUUGGUCUAGAAGAAGAAACUGAAAGUGUAGAAGGGCAUACAAAUGGAGGACAUAGAAACACAGAGCCUGAUGCAGAGAAGAAGCCAAGAAAGUUUAGCAUCAGGAGCAAGUCUUCCAGUCAACAGGGUAUCAAGGAUUCAAACAAGCUAACCGUGGAUCAAGCACCUCCAUCUCAACAUAAUUUAGCAAUCUCAGAAGUCAGCCAAAAACGGGCUUUAAUAGCUCAUGACAGUGUAGCAAUGAGAGACACAGUUGUCCAAGAAAAUGGAAAAGUACUUGCUGAAGGAGAUGAUUCAAGCCAGAUUUUUCACAUGCCCUUAGAUUUCUAUGAAAUUAAAAAUAACAGACCACUUAGAAUGCAGAAAAAGCUUUAUGAAUUCUACACAGCUCCAAUAACAAAAUUCUGGGCACAUUCGAUUGGUUACAUGGUGUUCCUUGUAAUUUUUACAUAUGUGGUCUUAAUAAGAACAGAGCCUAAUCUCAGCUGGCAGGAAAUAUACGUCGUGGCAUAUAUCUGUACACUAGCAUGUGAAAAAAUUAGAGAAAUCAUAUCUUCAGAACCAGUAGCAAUUAGCCACAAAUUCUCUGUCUGGACAUGGAAUAUGUGGAAUCCAUGUGAUGCUGCAGCAAUCAUCUUUUUCCUAAUAGGACUAAGUCUUCGCCUACGCCCAUCGUCAAUGAAAGUUGGGCGUAUUAUAUUUUGUGUGGAUAUUAUCUAUUGGUACUUACGAAUACUCAACAUCCUUGGUGUAAACAAAUACCUUGGUCCAUUGGUUACCAUGAUGGGAAAAAUGGUGAAGAACAUGAUUUAUUUUGUUGUGUUAUUGCUUGUGGUGCUGAUGAGCUUUGGAGUCUGUCGGCAGUCAAUACUGUUUCCUGAUAAUGAUUUCAGCUGGUCACUUGUUAAACAUAUUUUUUUUCAGCCAUAUUUUAUGCUUUAUGGAGAGGUAUUUGCAAAUGAUAUUGACCCUGCAUGUGGAGAUGAACCUGGUAUGCCAAACUGUCCAAUGGGUAGAUGGAUUACACCAGCUGUGAUGUCAACAUACCUCUUAGUUGCCAACAUCCUGCUAAUUAACUUGUUAAUAGCUGUGUUCAAUAAUAUUUUCAAUGAAGUAAAUGCAGUUUCACAUCAGGUAUGGAUGUUCCAAAGAUUUACAGUUGUAAUGGAAUAUGAACAGAAACCUGUUCUGCCACCUCCAUUAAUCAUCCUAUGCCAUAUUGCCUUGUUACUAAAGUACUGCAGGCAAAAAGUGAAGGGAGUGAGUAAAUUAUAUGAUAAUGCUCUGAAGUUAUUCUUGGAUGUUGAUGACAUGGAACGUCUGUACGACUUUGAAGAAGAAUGUGUAGAAGGUUAUUUCCGUGAACAAGAAACAAAAUUGCAAAUGUCAAGUGAUGAAAGGAUUAAGAAUACUGCAGAACGUGUUGAAAACAUGUAUCAAAAAAUUGAAGACAUUAAUCAGAAAGUUAACAGUCAGACUUCAUCUUCUCAAGCUGUGGAGUUUAGAAUUAGAAAGCUGGAGGAUUUAGCAGAUCAGACACUAUCCCACCUUGCCGUCAUCCACAGAUUCAUGGCAACCCAUGUCAGAGAACCUUUAGCAGAAUUUGCAGAUGUCAGGCUUCGAACAACCACAGAUGAACACAAAACACAGUCAGAUUUAAGUGACCAUACGGACAGACAUUUAAGUGUUCCACUUCUUGGCAGAGAAAGAAGAAGACCUGUCAGAUCAUUGACAGAAGUUAGGCCAGAUCCAUUUAUGUUUGGUGAGGGCCUACACUUGCGGUAUGACGACAAGUCCAAAUCCCCAGAACCCUCAACAUCAAAGCCACUUGAUUUCUUUGAGGAGCAGGAGGAGGAGGAAGCAGAAGAAGAAAAGGAAAGAGCACAAUCAUUUGAUAAGGUCAGCAUACAUUCCAAUAGCAAAACCAGAUUUUUUGCUCAUAUUUCAAAGCAUGAAAGUGUGUCUGGAAACUCACUUGCUGAGCCUGUAGGCAGUCUCAAAGGAAGUAAAACAGAUUUAGGUGUGGAUGAAGAAAAUUUGGAGUCAGCUACUGCAACAGCAGCAAUACUUCCACCAGCACCACCUUCAAUGGCAACUUCAGAGCCAGCUGAACAAGAUUUGGCACGGAAUGAGUUUAUAAGAAGUUCAUCAUUUGAUCAGCGAACAGAUAAGAAAGACCUCAGUGGGUUCAGAAGACAGAGUUCUGAUGGGUCAGAAAGAGGUAGCAGUUCCCACCGACCACCACUGAUGCCAAGGAGACAGCUGAGUAAAACACAUUCAGAACCAGAAAAUGCCACAGGACUAGAUUCUCUGGAUGGAAUAGAUUUUCCUCGUGUUACUGUGGAGCGCAGUGUCACCUGGGCUGAACCAAGGAUUACUGUGAUUCCUCCAUCUGGAAAUCCUAGAUCAAUGUUGCUGGCUAUGCACACAGAGUACACAAGUAUCACAGAUGAACUGGAAACAGUGUGUGGCCUUCUAAGCCCUCCUCGUACACCUCGCCUUCUUUCACCACCUCGUCCUGGUGAUCAAGCAGUUCCUCACAGAACAAGGCACACAUCAGAGAUGUCAAAUCCUGAGAUGGCUCUUUAUUUGGAGAAAGAACACUUGCGAGAUGCAGAAGAGAGUGACUACCAGCUGAUGGAAGGGUUAAUUCAACAUCGUAUUCAUAACGAAGAGGAUUCUGUUGAUAGUGCUUUCUAUUUAACAGUAACAAAUGAAGUUCCCGAAUAUCGAAGCCCAAACCAACCAUCAAGGCCACUACGCAGGAGCAGUGCAAUUGAUGUGAGAGACCUACCCACUCCCACAACUCAGGGUCCCAAUAUGUUUGGUGGUGACACAGAAAUGCAACAGCUGCAGGAAGCAGAUGGUGGAAGCAAAAGUGGAAGCAAAAACAGUUUAGUGCCAACAUCAGAGACAAUGUGUUGAUGCUGUGAAAUCUUAGCUGACAUAAUUGUUUAAAUUGUGCACUGUGUGUGUGUAUGUGUGUGUGUGUGUGUGUGUGUGUGUGUGUGUGUGUGUGUGUCAAUAUGUCAGAAAUCUGCCAUUGUGUAAGGAAAAAAAAGUGUAAUCAGGAAGUCAUGUCACAAAUUUGCAACAUAAAUAUUUUCAGUUUUCAUGUCAUACGUUUGCUAGUGUAGCAAAUAAAUGAGUGACAAAAGUCCUGGAGAUUAGUGCUCAUAAAUUGGAUACAAUUUAAAUAAUGAAACAGUAUAUGCCAGGGCCUAAAUGUUAUUUACAUGUAUCCAUUUUUAGAAGUAUUCCAUUAUUUUCAUCCAAUAAAAUUGUGAAGAAGGAAAGCAGAUGCAAACCAUAUGCUAUUACUUACUGGCAUGACAAUUUAAACAACUGUAGUAGAUGAAAAGCUGAAUUAUUGAUAUCACUAGAAAUGAUGAACCACAGGCGAAAGUGCAACUGCUUCAUGUGAUUGUGUAGAUUCUUCAGUAGUCUGUGACUAAUGGAUUUUUAUUGAUAUGAACAAAAUUGCCACUGUUAUCUGGAUGUGACCAGUCAAUAAUAUGUAUGAUUCAUUGGAAACAUACUGAUCCCUGUGUACAAAUUUUUAUACAAGGUGAUACUUGCUAUGUGGAGGUUUCAGGAUGGACAUUUAUUUUAGUAUAUGUUACAAAUGACAUAUCUUUGGUACCAUUGUAAAAGUGUUAUUUUUAUGGUAUGAAGUACAUCGGCACUGUCAUUUUCCAUGUAAAACUCAUAGUUGUAUGGCAUGGCGCAUAUGAAACUAAGACUCUAUUAACUAUUCAUCUUAUUAGUGGAGACAGUAUAGUUUCGAUGACUUGUUCUUAUAUCAUAAGAGGCAUCACUGCACAGCUGUUUUUUCUUUCUUUUUUAAAAAGCAUUUAAAACAAAGUGUGUGUGUGUCUGUGUGUGUGUGUGUGUGUGUGUGUGUGUGAGAGAGAGAGAGAGAGAGAGAGAGAGAGAGAGAGAGAGAGAGAGGAUGUUUGCAGUCAUCUUCAAUACCGCAAAGUGUACAACACACAACUAGCAGAAAAAUGAGAAAGCUCUCACUUCUACUGAUCAUUACUGUUUCUAUAUUGUUUUUGUCUUUCAAUCAUUAAAGAAGUGCUGGACUUAUAAUAUAGGCAACUUGACUUACAUUUUGUGAGAUCCUGCUUUUACUCUCGUGAAUAUCAUGGACUUCAUUUCUUUGUUAAAUUACGUGGAACAUGAAAAUAUUGUGGAUUUUGAAAGAAUGCCAUUUUACCAGUGAAAUCACAUUUUCGAAUUACUGGAUGAUUUUAUUCUCAUAAAAUCACAAUUUCUUAAUUAUUUUGCUAUUCUUCAUUGCUGUUCUUUGGUAGGCAUUUUUAAUACAUUUGCGAUAACACGUAUUUUACCAUUCAGAUGAAUUUAGUAUAAAGCUUUCUCUUUCAUAAUUUCUCUGAAAUUGUCACUUUCCUGCGGCAGUCAUGAAGUUAGCAGGGAGUGUUACUGCUUUCUCACUGAUGGUAUGCACAUAUAUAAUAUGUUUCCUGUAAGGAAAGAGUUCUUAGUAAGUACAGAUAGAAAAGUGUGAAUGAAAUUUUCAUACACAAAGGAAGUAGGAAAGACUUCAAGAAUGACACUAUUCUUCUUUGAGAAGUACUAGUAAGUAGGUAUGAAGGCACUAAGUAAGGGAAAGACAAUAAAAAUUAUUAAUAAGGAAAUAUACAAGAAGCAUUAUAUAUCUCACUCUCAUUACAUUAUCUGCCUCUCAUAAAAUACUUUUCUUUCUUUGUACAAAUGCAGAUAUUCAUGCCCUAGUCACAUGGCUACACAGCUGUGCUGUGAUUUAAACCUGUACAUCAAGUGCAAUUUAAAAAGUGAAGUAAAGACAUUUCAUAAGAAUUCAGUCAUGUUUAGCACUUGCAAUAGUGGUUAGAUUUCUGCUGAAGACCAGUGGUCUGUUGCUUUGCCAGAUGGAGUGUGGCAUAAUUAAAAUUGUGCAAAAUACAUGAUGCAAUGUCUUUGACCCUUGAGUUACUUACAGAGAACCUUUAAAACAUUAUAGAGAAUCUACAGAAUUGUUGUAAAUGGAAGAAAGAAGUAUUUCAACAGUAGUUUGUGUACCAAUGCACAAAAAUUUAGUCUCAUAAUUUUUUGCAAAUGUCUUUCAAACAGUGUAGUUCCUUAAGCUGGAGACUUCAUUAAUAAACUAAAAAUGUGUCUAUUCUGCAGAGUGAAGCAAUACUACACAAAACACAAUUAUGGUUUCAUUAUACCUUUUUAAAAUCAUCGGCUGUGUUACUUGGAAUUAUUGAAAUUGGUGUGCUUUUCAGGCAAUAGCCUGUUGACUUCUUUUGGAUCUAUGAUUAUAUCUUAAUUUAUUUAUAUAGCUUUUCAAGAAGAACAACUGAGAAUUCAUCUUAAAGUUAAAUGACAAUCAUAUGCAUGAAAUAUGCAGUAAGAUGGCAUAUGGUAAAUAUUCCACUGUCUAUUUUUAACUUUCUAUAUUGAUCUUCAAGAUUUUAGUCGGCAUUAAUGACAGGAUUUGGAAGAUUCAGAUACUACUGUUGUUUGUUGAAAUAUUUGCUAUUAUGAAAGAUUUUUACAUAAUUGUAGAAAAUAUUUUGAUCAGAAGAAUUUGUUACUGGAAGUUCAUCAUGCAAUAUUUGAUACCACAGAAAAUAUGAUUUAGUUAAUCAGUGACAUUAUGCACUGGUUUUCUUGAUACUAUUCAUAGAUAAUGUGUGAAAUUAAGACAUUUAUGGGUGAAAAAUGAUGCAUUAACUUGUGGGAUCAGCAUUUGCAGAUAUAUUGUUGUUUUAGCAAAUAAACAAUAUUUAUGAUCAUCAGAAUGAUUUUUUUGCAAUAACUAUGGCAAUAUAUUAGAUACGAAAUGGAAAGCAUGUGGUGCUUAUCAUUUAAUACUGAGAAUACUGAAAUCUUUUUUUAUAUUCCAUGUUAUUUUGUACAUACAGAUGAACAUAUGUAAAUAAUGUAUAUGCUCACCAAUUUUAUAAUAAAAAAAAUGCUGCUGUGUAAUGUGAAUAUAGACAUAUACAGCAAAUGUACUGGUACUAUCAAUUAUUUUUUAGUUUCAGGGCAGAAUAUUUAUGAAAAUGGCACAACAAUCACGAAAAAUACAACAGUAGGAUUUAGUUAGCUUAAAACAUGUCAAACAUCUGUUUUGUCAUUACUGAACACAGUUAUGUAUACAGGUCAACUUUAAAAAUUGUGUUACAAGAUGGUUGUGCUAUUGUAUGUGCUUGUGACAUAUUAUGUGGUAUAUGGAAUACGAGAUGUAUCACCAUAGUUGACUGGAAUGUAAUAUAUUAGCAUCCACUGACAGAAUUAAAAAUUCUGAAAGUAAUUGUUUUUAAAAUAACAUUUUUUUACAAUCACCUCAGAUUAGCAGAAAAUUCUCAAACAAAGAAGUUAUCUAGCACCAUCAGAGUGUAGGAAGUGUACAAAUUGAAAAGGCCUAAUAACCACUGAUAUAUUUUCUGUGCUUGGUAAUUUUAUCUCCAAGUAUGACACUGGUAAUAUUUUAUCUCCAAAUAUGACACUAGUUAUAUGUUGUUGGAUACAAACAGCUGGAGACUGUGGAAAGUAAAAGGUGAAAAGGUGCUGACGAGUUAGUGGAGGGUAGAUGUUACUAACAUUUGCAGAUAAGGUAUGAAUAAUGCCCAAGGUGUAAACAGUAGGUGAUUCCUUUCCCUUUCACAUUCAUUGGUUCUUUUACAAAUUUCAGAAGUGGGUAACUAAAUUUCCCUACAUCUGUAAGACUUCAUUUCUAGCAAAUGCUUUGAUUAUAUUUGUUACACCACAAGCUAUUUUAGAAGGAAUUCUGACAUUAAUUAAUUAAAGUUCUUCUGUAACAAAAGUGCUACUUUAACGAGUUUUAUUCUUACACAUUUCCACACACAUCCAGGAGAGUGGCUCUAUACUCAGUUCCAUCAUGUGUGUGCUCUCCUCACAAUGUAAUAAAAUGUUGUCUACAUUUUUUUAAGUUUAGAUGUUUAAGGAAUACAACUGUUUCCUUUCAUAGGAGGUAGGCUAGUGUAAGAUACAAAUAUAACCUCUAUGUCCUGAAUAGGAAUUGUAAGCGAAUAUGAGAGGAGAUGGAAGUCGGGCAAUGACCAGCAACAGGAAGAAUGUUUUGGAUAUAUGAAAAGAACAAAAACAUAUUAUUUAAUGUAUAUAAAAAAACAGAAAAAAUGAGCCAAAGCAAAUGUAAAAAUUGUUUGAUUGGUGGAGUCACAAAGGGAACGAUGAGGAAACAAUAAUGAUAUAUAUAAGGAGAAUAAGAUGGACCAAACAAGACUGACUAAAUAAAAAAAAAACUACAGGAAAGAGGAAGGUAAGGUACUAUCAUGCAAAUGAAUAGUUGCCUGCUAUCAUAAAUAGUUUUACAGUGGUAAGUGCAACUCCCAUUUGUAGCAGUACUUCUGAGUAGGUCUGACAGCAAAAUAAUUGUCGAAAGUCUGAAUGCAGUAUACAGUGUCAUAUAUAAUUUUAAUGCAAGGGAUAGAAGAAUUUCUCUUACUUUAUGUAGAAGCAAUAUUAAAGUUCUACGUGAAAUGUGUAGAAAGUUGAAUGAGGUGGAUUGUAAAUUGAAACAGCAUCUACUGACCCCAAAACCAGGCACAGCAAACUCAAACUGUUCAAGAUUAGGAAUACAUGUGAGACAUACAUCAUAUUUUAUGUGUUUAUUGGAACAGAUGGGCACAGAGGUUGUACUGUGUCUGCAGUGACAAACUGAUUGCUACAUCAGUUAAAAACAAGCAGAUGUAGCAACUACUGACAAUGAGGGCAAGCAGUUUUGUGUUAGGAAAUAAAGAGCACUUGUAACAUAAACUGGUAUGUCUUAUAUCAGUGGAGGUGUUCACACACUGAAGAAACAUACCCUUUCACAUGGCUGUUGCUGCAAACCCUCUUCUACCCAGUAAUUUGCCUUUCUUGGUAUUUUCAGUCAACUGAUUGCACUUCUUUACAAACCAUCUAAACUAAAUUUCAGCUGCAAUAUUUGCAUUUCUUUAGUUCAAAGAUAUCACAGCACUAAAGUGUUCAUCAUGUGAGAUGCAACUCCUGCACCUGUGUGCAGCUAUUAUAAGAAAGUAAUAAAGGGUUAUUCACAAUAAAUUACUUCAGCCCUAUCUUAGGCUUGUCUCAGCCACACUAUUUGCAUUAAUCUAUCAUUAUAUUAUAAUCAUUACUCUUAUAUUUGUGCAUGAUAAAUAACAGACGUUCUACAAUGAUGAAAAAAUGUCAUAAAGAGGCUCAACUGUAAUAUCAGACUGUUAGUUGCAAUACAAACCACAUACUGUCUCCAGUACUUUACUAACUGCUUCACAGUCUAUAUCUGUUUCCUAGAAUCCACCAUCCAGUGUGUGGUGGAGAGAACAUAGUGUAUCACUAUGACUGUUUGAACUUGCAAUUCCUUGUGAGGAUAGUGCUAUCUAAUUUUACUGCAGAAUACACCCUGUCAGACUGACAGGGUUGUUUCCUCAUCACCCUCUUAGAGUGAAAUAAUUGUUUCCCCUGUUACACUUCAUCAUUUAUUAUCCUACUGUAUAUUAAGUUAUACAUAUAACAUUCAUUUUCCACUUUCUUUUUUAAUUUUAUCAUAUGCCAAUUUCAUUUACAUUCUGAUGUGUUACCUUCUACUAUUUGCAAAACUCUGUUGUUUACUCAAUUAAUGGAUUAUCUGACAUGUUGAAUCAGUGAUUAGGGUCCAUCUCUUGGGCCUGUUAGUGAUGUAUAGUGUCCUGUCAUACAUCCAUUCUGUGCUCUUCUCCAGCCCACCAUUACGUUAUCACAUAUUUUCCUCGUUGGACCAGGUACUUCCUGUUGCAGGAUGACAAGAUAUGUUUAAAAUUAUUGAAAACUUUUGAACACCAUCUUUUCCAGUUUAUAGAUGCUGCUUUCAUAUUCCUGAUAACACUUAAGCUUUUUAGGAUGCACAGAGAACCACUACAACUUUCUUUUUAAUCUCACCAUUGUUUUUCAAUUACUUCCAUCUUCAUAACACUGCAUAUAAGAUGUGAUAAAACAAGGAUUUCACUUUUUAAAUGUCUUUAAUGAGUAAAUUAAUGUUCAACACAGAUUGCAGUUUCAUAAUAUGUAUAAGAUGAUAAAAAGAAGUAUAUGUACACUACCGAUAAUUGUUGAUCUUCUGCAGUUCCUAUGAAUUCAUUUGCCUGAAGAAACCAACAUGGAUUCCACUCUCUUAUAAAAACUGAAAGUUCUGUCAGUGGAUCUGAAGUAGUGCAAUGACUGUUAUGUAAAAGAUAAUUAUAUGUUGUGUGACUAUUAUAUUUGUUUUUGGUAUGAUGCAACUAGUACAAGUGUGAUAUAACAUGAGGUGCAUAAUGUGCACUCUGUGUAGUAAAAUCACGUGAAAAACCGGAGUUUAUUAUAUUUUGUAAAAUUGAUUAUAAAAUCCCAGAAGAAAUUCUAUAACCAUUUGUACUUGUGCAUUACGAAUUCCUUUGAAAAAUUUUUGGAUGAACUGUAUUCUGUGUAUUUUACACUUAUUCUAUAGUAUGUGAACUGAACAAAAACAGAUAAAGUUCUUGCCAAACAACUAAAUAAUUAAGCAUCAAGUAAACAGCAUGAAACAUUUCAAGAGUAACUUCAGAAAUCUAAUGUUGUCUGCAUUUCGGAAAUUAAACAAACAGGCAACAAUGCAACUACAUAUUGUUUCAGUUUUGCACAAACACAAUAAUGAGUAUGAUUUUUCAUUUCAACUGCACUUUUUUGCUACAGUAAAAAUGGUUGUAUCUUGUUCAUUCCAAUAAUGACUUUACGUAUAGUAUAACAUGAGCAGUGUUAGCUUUUGAAAAAUGUAUUGUAGAAUAAUUAUCAUUGUUUCCAGCUUCUAUUGACAGAAGUGUUGAGACUUUGUAUUCAAGCAGAUAGAUCUUUGCUUGUAGAUCAGGCUUUCUGCUAUCUCUAGCAAUUUAUUAGCUGGAUUUUUUAUAUCAUUUUUUCAGGUUACUUGUUGCAAGUGGACCUACAUGUUCUCAUAAAUUUAAUAAACUCCAUCCUUUACAUAAUUUUCCCUAACAGCAACAAUCAGAAAAAAGUAACACCUUUCAUUCUCAACUUUUUUUAUUUUUUCAGGAUGUUUUUGUGACCACUUUAAGUUUUUUGUUCUUCAUUAUUCCCCUGGGCCAUGUACUGAACUUAGAUGUAAAAACAUAUUACAUACUCAUGUGUGAAUAAAGUAGAUUCUUUCAUUUUUUUCUCGCUAAAAUUGUUUUUCCUUUCAUAAAACUUCUUUUGUAAUUGAAAACAAAAGAAAUGCAAGUGGAAAAAUAACUGCUAUCAUUAAAAAUAUUAUAAUUUUACUAAUGGUCAAUGAGUGGUUGAUAUACACCAAAUUCUCAGGAAAAUAAAAGAAAUUGCAAUGAUGUCUGCAGUACCCAAUAAUCUGACAGUACAGUUAGAGGGUAUUUAUAAUGUGUACACCUAAUCAUAAUCUUCUUUACUGCCCUUUUCUGUUUAUGACAAUUGUUCCCCCAGUUCCCAACAAGCCUAAAACUUUUUACCCCAAAGGAAAGGUAUCCUUCUUAACAAUGAGCAAUGUGACUCUUUUUGUUGAAGUUUUGGACUCUCAUUCAAGAGAUGCAGGCUUCAAAUACCCAUCUUGUCAGCAAGACUUUUAUUUUAUCUGGUUUUUCUAAAUUUGUUAAUGAGAUUGUGAUGGUUCUGUACGAAAGGUCCUGGCUGAUUUCAUUCCUAUUCUAUUCCAAAAGGGUUGUGCUCCACCUCUAAUGACCCUGU